AUGGUUGACCUCGCAGUCAGGCCAGCUUUACCGAGGGAGGGCGUUGAUGUGAUCCUGGGUAAUGAUUUAGCUGGGCAUCGAGUUUGGGCUUCAGGGUGUCUCGCAGAAUUUCCGGCUCAAGCAAAGGAACCAGAUGGCUGUGAGAAGAACUUCCCAGUGGCUACAGCGUGUGCGGUCACCAGGAACCUGUCCUGCUUCAGCUUGAGGACGCCGCUGGAAGUGUGGAUGUGCCGGAAAAGGAUGCAGACGAUGUGGAGGGGUCCUCGAUUGAGAGUACGCAGGAAGAAGAGCUGCAGCGAGAAGCUCCACGCCCACAAAGAAAACCCUCUGCGCUGGGGUCGAUCGGAGGGCUCGGUUCCCCUGCUGACGGAGGGCUCGGUUCCCCUGCUGACGGAGGGCUCGGUUCCCCUGCUGACGGAGGGCUCGGUUCCCCUGCUGACGGAGGGCUCGGUUCCCCUGCUGACGGAGGGCUCGGUUCCCCUGCUGACGGAGGGCUCGGUUCCCCUGCUGACGGAGGGCUCGGUUCCCCUGCUGACGGAGGGCUCGGUUCCCCUGCUGACGGAGGGCUCGGUUCCCCUGCUGACGGAGGGCUCGGUUCCCCUGCUGACGGAGGGCUCGGUUCCCCUGCUGACGGAGGGCUCGGUUCCCCUGCUGACGGAGGGCUCGGUUCCCCUGCUGACGGAGGGCUCGGUUCCCCUGCUGACGGAGGGCUCGGUUCCCCUGCUGACGGAGGGCUCGGUUCCCCUGCUAACGGAGGGCUCGGUUCCCCUGCUGACGGAGGGCUCGGUUCCCCUGCUGACGGAGGGCUCGGUUCCCCUGCUGACGGAGGGCUCGGUUCCCCUGCUGACGGAGGGCUCGGUUCCCCUGCUGACGGAGGGCUCGGUUCCCCUGCUAACGGAGGGCUCGGUUCCCCUGCUGACGGAGGGCUCGGUUCCCCUGCUAACGGAGGGCUCGGUUCCCCUGCUGACGGAGGAGUGA